CCCUAACCCCAUAGUAUGAUGUUCUAUGAACCUUCAACAAAAUAACACCCUUUUUUCGUAUUUUGUUCAUUUUAAUAACCAUGAAUUCUAUUAACAAGCUUAAAUUCUUUUUUAUAUUUUCUUUGUUAUUGGGCCUGACCCAAGCUGACCCACAACCACUUCAAGAUUACUGCAUUGCAGACACAACGGCCCAACCUUGUUCUUUCAUGAAUGGCCAACCGUGCUUGAAUCCGGAACUUGCUAGCCCAACACAUUUUGCAACUUCGGCCCUAUCAAAACCCGGUAACACGAGCAAGAACGCCUUUGGGUUUAGUGUCAUCCUCACCACCAACCAGAACCUCCCGGGUCACCGGACUCAAGGCCUAUCCAUGGCUCGAGUCGAUAUCGCCCCUGACGGGCUUGUACCACCCCAUGUUCACCCACGGGCCUCGGAGGUUACCACUUGCCUAAAAGGCGAUAUCUUAGUGGGCUUUGUCGAUACAUCUAAUACAAUGUAUACACAACGGUUGAGGCCUGGUGAAUCAUUUGUUUUUCCAAAGGGGUUGAUCCAUUUCCUUUAUAAUGUGGACUCAAAAAGCCCAGCAUUGGCAAUUUCUGGGCUUAGUAGUGAAAACCCAGGAACCCAAGUAGUUCCAAUUGCUACGUUUACUUCAAAGCCACCUAUGCCAGAUAGAGUGUUGGAAAAGGCUUUUAUGAUUGAUGGACAAGAAGUGGCUAGAAUCAGAAAUCACCUCCAAGGUUGAAGUCCAUGUAAAUAUGUAUAUCAAUUUUAUGAUAAUAUCAUGGAAUUACUCAAUUUAAUCAUUUUGAAGGGUUUGAUUUUUUAUUAUUAUUAUUAUUUUCUAAAAUUCAAGAAAAAUUGUACAUGAGACAAAAAGCAUUAUUUCAAUAAACAUAGCGGAAAUAUUUUUUCUCAAAAAAAAAAAAGCAAUAAAGCUGUAAGCAAAGUUAUUA